AUGGCCAAACUACUGAAGAAGCCUUUGAAGCUUGCCUGCGUUCAGCUAUCGACUGGUGCCGACAAGGCCGCCAACCUCGCACGAGCAAGGACAAAGGUACUCGAAGCAACCUCCAAGGGCGCCAAUGUCGUCGUCCUGCCCGAGUGCUUCAACUCUCCUUACGGCACCAAGUACUUUCCCAAGUACGCAGAGACGCUGCAGCCCUCACCACCCACCGAGUCACAAUCGCCCACCUUCCACGCCCUGUCAGCUCUAGCCAAAGAGUCCAAGGCCUACCUGAUUGGUGGCAGUAUCCCUGAGUACCUCGCCGACACGGAUAAGCACUACAACACAGCCCUCAUCUUUGGCCCAGACGGAAAGUUGUUGGAAACACACAGAAAGGUCCACUUGUUCGAUAUCGAUAUUCCAGGCAAGAUCAGGUUCCAAGAGAGCGAGAUCCUGAGUCCUGGAAACAAGGUAACUCUGGUCAAUCUGCCCGAGUAUGGAAAGAUUGCUGUUGCCAUCUGCUAUGACAUUCGCUUCCCCGAGCUGGCAAUGGUCGCCGCAAGACAAGGUGCUUUCCUACUCGUCUACCCUGGUGCCUUCAACCUCACCACUGGCGAGUUGCAUUGGAAACUUCAAGCACGCGCAAGAGCUAUGGACAACCAGGUUUACGUCGCUCUCUGCUCACCUGCGAGAGACAUGACCGCCGACUACAACGCCUGGGGCCACAGUCUGAUUGUAAACCCCAACGCCGAGGUUUUGAGCGAACUGGAAGAGAAGGAAGACAUCGUGUAUGCCGAUCUGGAUGGAGAGACGAUCGAGCAAACGAGAAAAGGCAUUCCCAUCUAUACCCAGAGAAGAUUCGAUGUAUACCCCGAUGUCAGCAAGGGUGAUGUCAAGUAUGAAGAGUAG